AUGGCCGAGCCAGAGUCUGGUAUUAGACGAUCUCGCUCAAAUUCUUUUUCGCACCACGAGUCUUCUGGACCUACUGCUUCAAGUCCAACAUUAUCAAUGAAUUCAUCCAAUCCAGAUCUCAUGAGCAAAAAGGUGUUCAAUGAGGACCCUGAGAAACAGCGCGAUCUCAAGACCGACGAUGAUGAUGUAGAAGCAGCUCCUAAACCUCUAACAGAUGAUACGACAGCAGAAAACCCCGUAAUCCCCUUUGAUUCAACCACUCCUACUCAUGAUCCUAAUUGUGUUUACUGGGAUGGACUUCAGGAUAAAGAGAAUGCCCGUCGAAUGUCAUUUGCCCGUAAAUGGUUUAUUUGCAUUAUCUUAACCUCCACAGCUGGCUGUUUGACAGCUCUUUCGUCUGCUUGGACGUCUGCAGUUGACCCUAUGGUUGAGCGGUUUCACUCCAGUGCCGAAGUCGGUGAUCUUGGUUUGACUUUAUUCUUAUUUGGUUUGGGUAUUGGUCCUCUUAUUGCUGCUCCACUAAGUGAGAAGUUUGGCCGCCAGCCAGUAUAUCUCAUUUCACUGUUUUUAUUUUUUGUUUUCCAAUUCCCUACUGCAUUUGCUCACAAUAUGGCUAGUGCUCUAGUUGGCCGGUACCUAUGUGCACUUGGUGGAAGCGCAUUCAUGUCGAACGUACCUGGUACCUUUUCUGACUUGUUCGAAAAACACCAGUUAGCGCUUCCUGUUACUGUGUUUACAUUCGGUCCAUUUUUAGGCCCCGGUAUUGGUCCUGUUAUUAGUGGACCUAUUACCCAGCACGUGGGAUACAGAUGGGUCUUCUAUGUGUUUCUUAUCUGGACAUUUGUCCUUCUGGUUACUAUUGCACUUACUGUACCAGAAACAUAUCCUCCCAUUCUACUUGCCAAGAAAGCCAAGAGACUUCGCAAAGAGACCGGCAACGAUGCUAUCUAUGCCCCCAUUGAGAAGUCAGAGCGAUCAUUCUGGAGAUCUCUUCGUCAUAGUUGUUCGAUGCCAGUGAUUCUUAUUUCCCACGAGCCAGUACUAGACAUUCUAUGUUUUUAUACAGGAUUCCUACUGGCGAUUAUCUACCUCUUUUUUGUGGCCUUCCCCUAUGUUUUCACUAAAGUAUACCAUUUUCAAGUCGAGUUUGUAGGUCUGUCGUUUACAGGAAUAAUCGUUGGCAUGGCUCUUGCUGCCAGCACGUAUCCAUUCUGGAGACACUUUUACGAGAAGGAGCUUGCCAAGAACGGUGGAGUGGCCAAUCCUGAAAUGAGACUGCCUCAAAUGUGUUUCGGAGCGGUUAUCAUCCCCAUUGGAUUGUUCAUGUUUGCAUGGACCGCCUACGCCGAGGUGCACUGGAUCGUCCCCAUGGUUGCCAGUGGUAUUUUUGCAUUUGGAAGCUACUUCACCUUCAAUGGCAUCAUCACCUACACAGUCGAGACUUACCAUCGAUACGCCGCCAGUGCAACAGCAGCCAACGUCUUCAUCCGAUGCGCAAUUGCCGGAAGCGCGCCCCUCUUCGGAGUCCAAAUGCUCGAGGGAAUGGGAAUCCACUGGGGCAUCUCGCUCCUGGGCUUCGUGGCCGUCCUCCUGUGCCCCUCUGCAUUCAUAUUCCGAAUAUAUGGCAAGACUCUUCGCAUGAAGAGCAAAUACGCCAUCAAGGUCUAG